AAAAAAAUUACUCCCCACUCUCAUUCAUGGAAUUUCGGUUUUGUUUGCCCUUCAUUAUAAUCGGUUUUCAUUAAAUUCGAAAAUCAGUUAUGGCAGAAUUUGAAGAUUUCUUUCUAUCCCCCUUUUGAUGGUUCAAUUCUCUUCAGCUCUUGCAGCAUUAGCUAGGGUCUUAUAGUUAACACUCCUAAUUGAGCAAUCCUCUAUAACUAGGCAUCAUUGGUCCAAUGCUUUUCAAUUUGUGGUGUAUUUUAAAGAAACGUUGAUGGCGUCUUUGAAAGUUGCAGAUCUUGUCCUGCUCAUAGUCUCGUUAUUGUUUUUGAUGUCGGUGAGAGCAGAUAUGAUAGACGACACCUGCAACAGAACCAGCGACACCGAGCUCUGCUUGUCUACUCUAAGAUCAGACCCACGAAGCUCUACCGCAGACGCCAAAGGCCUUGCUCAUAUCGUCCUUGAUAUCACGCUGAAAAAGGCCAAGGACAAUUUAGCUCAAAUAGAUCAAUUGCUCAGUCGAACAACAGAUCCAGCUCUCAAGGACGUUCUCACUAUCUGCUCUCAAGAGUAUGGGAAUGCUACAGUUGUUAUACUUCCACGAGCCAUCAAAAAAUUGGAAUCAAAGUUUGAUGCAGAGGCGACAGGGAACGUAGAGGAUUCGGCUGGAUGUGCAAAGACUUGUGAAGAGUCCUUCUCUGAUGGACCAAGACCAGAACAAAACCGACCAUCUCCUUUUACUGAUCAAAAUAAUGCUGUGUUGCAUCUUGCUCGUCUCGCUGAAGAGAUCAUUGUUUCAUUCGCUCCAGACGGUUUUUUUUCCAAAGGAUGCCUGGAGGCCGUCAUACGCAGCCGCCAUGACCCCUCCAAAGUUCUUGCCAUCUUUUUUAUUUUACAUGGUUAUAUUUGUAAAUUGCAAUGCCUCUUAGUUUAAUUAUAUGAUCAUAAGGAAUUUAAGAUCA